AUGAACGGCUCGGUGAAUUCCAGCAGCGGCUCGUGCGCCGCUCCGGCUGAGUGUGGGGAGCGCGCGCUCUCCCCCUACCUGCUGGACGCGUGGCUCGUGCCGCUGGUGUUCGCGCUGAUCCUGGUGUCGGGGCUGCUGGGGAACUCGCUGGUGCUGUGGGUGAUCUCCAAACACCACAGCCUGCGCACCGCCACCAACAUCUACAUCGCUAACCUGGCAAUGACAGACAUCACCUUUCUGGUUUGCUGUGUGCCUUUCACUGCUGUGCUUUAUCCGUUACCGAGCUGGAUCUUUGGAAAUUUCAUGUGUAAAUUUGUCAGCUACAUCCAACAGGUAUCUGCACAGGCUACUUGUGUAACACUGACAGUGAUGAGUGUGGAUCGCUGGUAUGUCACUGUGUAUCCGCUGCGCUCCUUGCAGUGUCGCACACCGAAAGUUGCCAUCGUGGUGAACCUGGGAAUCUGGAUAGGAUCUUUCUUAGUGUCUCUGCCAGUGCCGCUGUACACUCAGACUUUAGCUGGAGAAUGGUUUGGUCCUCAGGUCUUCUGCACUGAAAUUUUUCCCACAACAACUCACAAGAAAGCCUUCAUCCUGUACAACUUCCUGGCUGUGUAUCUGCUCCCGCUGGUCACUAUCUGUGUGUGUUAUCUGCUCAUGUUGUACCAGAUGGGCCGGCCAGCUGUGGAGCCCGUCGAUAAUAAUUAUCAGCUCCAGGUUCAGACAGAGCGCAGUGCUGCUAUAAGAGCUAAAGUAUCCCGUAUGGUGCUGGUGAUUGUACAGCUGUUUAUUCUGUGCUGGGGCCCCAUCCAGCUGUUCAUCCUGGCACAGGCAUUUAGCCCACAGUUCCGUCAGGACUACUACACGUAUAAAGUGAAGAUAUGGGCACACUGCAUGUCCUACAGCAACUCGUGCAUUAAUCCCAUAGUCUACGCCUUCAUGGGUGCCAACUUCCGCAAGGCCUUCAAGAAAACCUGUCAUUGCUGUUUCAAACAGCGGGUAACUGUCGCCCAACAGCCAAACGCAAAUGGAAACACUGAGAUGCACUAUGUGUCAUAGAGUAUAUCUUGAUAUGACAUUUGACUGGUCUCCACAAGGAAAACCGAUAUUUUUUUUUAAACAAAGACUGCAGUUUUUAUUUCAGAAACUAAAAGAGCCAAAAGGUUUAGGUAAAGGAUAUAUAUUUAGGUUUAAGCAUAGUAGCAACAGGACAUACAGUACUGUGCAAAAGCCUUAGGCACCCUAUUUUUUUUUUUCAUACAAACUUUGUUAUAGAUUUCUAUUUGAUGACUUCUACAUUAGGGGCGGCACGGUGGCGUAGUGGUUAGUGCUGUCGCCUCACAGCAAGAAGGUCCGGGUUCAAGCCCCGUGGCCGGCGAGGGCCUUUCUGUGCGGAGUUUGCAUGUUCUCCCCGUGUCCGCGUGGGUUUCCUCUGGGUGCUCCGGUUUCCCCCACAGUCCAAAGACAUGCAGGUUAGGUUAACUGGUGACUCUAAAUUGACC